AAUAAUGCUAAGGUAUUAUAAAGCUUUUCAUAAUAUUAAUUUCUGCCAUUGGUUUUCUAGAAAUUCCUCUCUCCUUGCACACUACCCUCGCACUUCAUUUGCUGUAACCUUCUUCGGUCUACAAGCCCACCUUCAGAAAACAAAGCUACGCACUUCUUGCUGUUUUUCAUUCUUACAAACCUUGCGUUUUACUUCGCCAAAAAAGAAAAAGAAGCGUACUUCUCUUGAAGCUCCACACAGUCGGCAUCGCAAAAGAUAUUACCACUCUAAAAUAAUAUACAGCAGGAAUAGACUGCACCUGAAGGUACAGCUUGAGCUCAUUUAUAUCCACUACCAAUCAACUCUGCAGGAAAUCAGCAUGGGUUUACUUAUAGCGGUUGGUUCAAAAAUUUGCGAGUAUACAUUUGGUACAGUUGCCCGUAAAUUGGGCUAUAUCUAUCACUACAAAAGAAAUGUGGACAACGUCAAGUCUAAAAUUCAGCGUUUGAAAGGUGAAAAAGCCAGGAUGCAGCACUCUAUUGAGGAGGCUGGACGAAAUGGCGAAGAAAUCGAAGGUGCUGUGGAGGAGUGGAUAAAUGAAGUAACUGGGAUCAUUGAAAAGGCUAAUGAUGAAUUUUUUAAGGAUGAAGAUUAUGCAAUGCCUCUGUGUUCAAGCAAGUUGUUUCCGAAUCUGGUAUCACGAAGGCGGCUCAGCAAGAUAGCAAACUCCUUGGCAGAAACUGCUGGUGAUGAAAUGCAACCAGCAAACACAUUAUUCCAAAAGGUUUCUUACCGCCUUCCACCACAGUCGGCUGCCAUUGAUAUGACCAAAGGAGGCUACAUGAUUUUCCAAUCAAGAACCUCCACCUUCAACAGAAUUAUGGAGGCAUUAAGGAAUCCUGGUGUCAAGAUGAUUGGAGUUUAUGGUAUGGGCGGUGUUGGCAAAACCAUGCUUGCUAAAGAAGUUGCCAGAAAAGCUGUUGACGAUGACAGGCUAUUCAAAAAGGCAGUUAUAGUCACUGUAUCUCAAACUCCGGACCCCCACAAGAUCCAAAAAGAAAUUGCAGAUCAGCUAGGUCUAAAGUUUGGUGAUAAUGAGAACGACAAAAAUGUAAGAGCAAAACGACUACGUCAGCAACUGGGGCGAGAAGAGAAGAUGUUACAUGUCAUAGAUGACAUCUGGGAGAAAUUGGAGUUGUAUGAAGUUGGGAUAGCCUUUGGGAAUGACAAGAAUGAUUGUAAAAUUCUUCUCACCUCUAGAUCUCAGGAUGUGGUAUGUAAUGAUAUGGAUGCCAACCUGAAUUUCGUCCUUGAUGAUUUACGCUUUGAUGAAGCAAAAGAUUUGUUUGACAAAAUAGUGGGUGAUCAAUUAAUCAGAAAUCCAGAAAUACAAGCUUUGGCAAUUGAGAUUGUCAAAGAAUGUGCGGGCUUACCAAUUGCGCUCGAGACAGUUGCAAGUGCAUUGAAAAAGAAAGACUAUCCUAUUUGGAGUAAUGCCUUGCGAGAGCUACGAAGAUCUGCCCCAACCAACAUCAAAGGCAUGAACAAAAAUGUGUAUUCCAGCAUAAAGUUGAGUUAUGACUUUUUGGAAAGUACUGAAGCAAAGUCAUUACUCUUGAUUUGUAGUUUAUUUCCUGAAGAUGCAGUGAUUGGGACCGAGGUAUGGUUGAAGUAUGUUAUGGGUCUGCCGGAACUAUUUCAAAGCAUCAAAAACUUAGAAGAGGCAAGAGAGAAAGUGCUUGCACUGGUUGAUAUUCUCAAGGCUUCUUCUUUAUUGUUGAAUGUUGGUUCCAACAUGGACGAAAUAAAAAUGCAUGACGUAGUUCGUGAUGUUGUCAUCUUAAUUGGAUCUGAAGAAUACAAUAUGUUUUGUCUUAGAAAUGUUGAUGAGCUGGAAGACAAUAAAAAACUCAAAGUUGCAACUGCAAUUUCACUACCAAAUUUUGAGGGUGAUGCUCAUCAACUUCCAAAAAGCUUAGAGUGUCCGCAGCUUGUGUUUUUUCAUAUCUGCAAUCUGUCUUUCCAGAAGAAUCGAAACUUCCAAAUCCCAAACCAUUUUUUUGAAGCAAUGAAGGAGCUUAAAGUUUUAGAUUUGACUUCUGUAUGUCUAAAACCGCUACCUUCAUCCUUUGAAUUCCUUAAAAAUCUCCAUACUCUGUUUUUGAAUAACUGUGAGAUAGAAGAUGUGGCUUUAAUUGGAGAGUUAAGGAAUCUAAAAAUUCUUGACCUUUCAUAUUCCAAAAUUAGGAAUUUGCCAGGACAAAUAGGACAAUUGACUCGUCUGCAAUCAUUAGGUUUGAGCUAUUGUUCCAAACUUGAAGUGAUUGAAUGCAAUGUCAUAUCAAAUUUAGUACAUUUAGAAGAACUGUAUAUGUUCGAGAGCUUUACAAGAUGGGAUAUUGAAGUAGGCUCUGGAAGAAGAAAUGCUAGUCUUAUGGAGUUAAAGAAUUUAUCUAGACUGACCACUUUAUAUUUAGACAUACCGGAUGUCAAUGUUAUGCCAAAAGACUUGUUUAGUAUGAACUUGAAGAGAUACGGCAUAUUAAUAGCCGGAGGACCAAGAUACUUGGACAAGUCCUUUGCUCCAAGAAAUCCAUCUUCGAGAAAAUUGGAACUAAUUGAGCUUAAUAUAAGCAGAUUUCAGGAAUUUCAUGGUCUUGAAAUGUUAGUGAAAAGGUCAGAAGUUUUGAAUCUGUAUGGAUCUACUGGUCUGAACAAUGUUAUACAUGAAUUAGACAGAGAGGGUUUUCCAGAGUUGAAGCAUCUAAAAAUUGUGAAUAAUGAUGAAAUGCAAUACAUCAUUGGUUCCAUGGAUCAGAGAUAUCAUUCUCAGAAUGCUUUCUUUCAAAGUUUGGAGUCAUUACGUCUUGAAAAUCUAAAGAAAUUGGAAAAGAUAUGGCAUGAUGAACUCUUAACAAAUUCUUUUGGCCAAUUGAGAGUUGUAGAAGUGAAAGAUUGUGAAAGAUUGAAGAAUCUCUUGUCAUCCUCCCGUGUCAGAGAGAUUGAGAAAAUCAAAGUUAUUAACUGUAAGAUGAUGAGUGAGAUAGUUACUUAUGGAAGGAAAGAGGGUCAUCCCCACUUAAUCUUUGCGAAGAUUGAGUUUCCUCAUUUACGUUCCUUGAUCUUAAAAUCUUCUCCGAAUCUUGCUCAUUUCCCUUUUUCCGAAUUGGAAGCUGCCUUCACUGGUCACAGGAAAGAGGAGGAGCCGUUAGAUGUGAAUCGCCCCCUGCCCUUUUUUUAUCCUAUGGUUGCAUUGCCUAGCUUGAAGGAUUUGGAGUUGUCCACCCUGAACUCCGAAAAGUUAUUGCCAGACCAUCCUCCAGAAAACUUUAACAUGCAGAAUCUAACAAACUUGAAGAUUCAUGGUUGCAAUAGUUUGAAGUAUCUCUUGUCUUUUGCUAUGGCCAGAAAGAUUGCGCAGCUUGAGCAUCUAGAGGUACGUGGAUGCAGUGUUAUGGAAGAUGUACUAGUCAUAAAUGACAAAGAAAGGAUGGAAAAAGAGAAACUGCUUCCCAAUCUUAAGUUAUUAGUGCUCGACGAUCUCCCAAACUUGGAAAGAUUUUGCUCCAAAAGUUGGGCGGAGUUUUCAUCCUUGGAUAGAUUGAGGAUAACAAAUUGUCCAAAACUGGAAAUUGAAGAUUCUAUUUUGAAGCUGCCUCGGUUGAAAGGAUUGAUAUUGAAGCAGAUUAAUGUUGCCCAGAAAGCAUUGUGGAACUAUCAAUAUGAAAUUGAUCAUGAAGGUCUAAAUGUGGAUGAUCAAGAACAUGCCGCAAUAUUUCUCUCUUUGAAAUUCCUAAUUCUAGAUGAGGUGACUGAUCGUUUGAUGGAUUCAUGGAAGAAGCAUUACCAUCCUGCAGGAAGAGCCUUCCAGAAUUUGAAAUGUUUAUUGGUAUUCCAAUGCCAUACGUUAAAGAAUCUAAUCCGAGCCUCAAUAUCUUUCCAAGCUUUGAGGAUUCUGGAAGUGUCAAAAUGCCAUGGAAUGGAAUAUCUGUUAACACCAUCAGCAGCUAGAAGUCUGACUCAACUUAGAAAAAUGUUGAUAGAAAAAUGCGAAAAGAUGAUUCAAAUAAUAGCAGAUUAUAAUGGAAGUGAAGCAGAGGAGGGUACUGAAAUUGUUUUUCAUCGGCUGGAAGAGUUGGUACUUGGUAAUCUACAAAACCUCAGGAGUUUCUAUUCAGGGAAUUGUGUAAUGAGAUUUCCAAAUUUGAAACGGUUAAUUUUCAAAUAUUGCCCUCAGAUGGUGAGUUUUUGUGAUGGAAAUAUUAGCACCCCAAAACUGAAGAAAUUAAUACUAUCUAUAGACGAAGAUGGAGAUGAAGGUGAAGAUGUAGAUGUAAUUUUUGAUACAGUUAUGGAGUUUGACUUUGACUUUGAUGAAGUAGUGCGUUCUGACAAUUACGAAUCCAGUUCUUUCCAAACGCAACAGUUAGAAGAGGGUGACAUUAAUGCUGCCACAAGAAAGCUAUUGCUGAACAACCAAGGUUGAAUCUCAUUUACCGAGGUCGAAUCUCAUCUACUACAGUCAAAACUAACCAAAGGUAGGAUAUUCCUCGACUGCUGAAUCUGGAAUCAUUCAAGACUUGGACCUUAAUUUCUGUUGCGCCCAUAAGUAUCAAACUAGUGGCUAGCCUUUUCUUUCUUUCUUUCUUUAUUUAUUUAUUUUUGGUAAAGAAACUAAUGGUUGGCUUUUAUUAUCAGGAAAAUUAAUUUGGUUGACCAUUCUGAAUAUCGACAGCGAGGAGCUCUGGCAGGUGGAAUAGUAAAGGAUAUGAGAAAACAAGGUCAUAGAAGUUCCAAGUUUUUGCGUUACCCCUUUCUACCUCUGAUGCAAAACUUUGUUGUCAAAUAAGAAGCACCAUAAGAUGCAAAAAUGGACAGGAUCAUUGUAACUGAUUAUGCUAGAAACAAGUGAAGCUGUUUAGGAAGCAUAGUUGCUUGCUCUAUCUUGCCUUCGAAUGCGCUUGACUUCAGGAAGGUGAUUGUAUCGAUUCUUGACAGCCCUGCUGGCUGAAUGACAAGAUUGUCCAGAAACAUCAAACUAAUACUUGCAAGCAUAAAAAAGGGAAGAGAGAGAUACACACAAACAAUAUUCGGGAAAUACUUUCAAAGUGAACACUUUUAGAAAAGUUUAACUAUUUUAUGUUUUUCAUGAUGGAAUAUGUUGGUUUGCUAUUACCCUUAAUUGUAAAAUCUUGGAAGCACUUACAAACUCAGGGAAAAAAAAAAAAAAAAAACACUAGAGUGGAGAAGCAGUAGAGGAACCAUCAAUUAUGAUUACAGAACACUGGUACCUUGAUUGGCCCAAGUAAACUAUUCAAGCUUCCAAGAAGAAACGCUUGUAAUAAUGGUCAUCCAAAAGUUUACACUAGGGCCAAAAAGAAUGUUGAAAAUUACCCUGAGAGAUGAACAACCAAGAUUGUUUCAGAAAUGUAUAGUUCUAAAUUGUAAAUAAUCCACAGUAAGUUUCACAUUAUGAACUGCAUCUGAAUGGCAAAAUAGUAUACACUAACAUAUAGUCCCUGUUUGUCACAGGUUUUUGACCAUGGCGAAUCAGCCACUAGUCCCCCAGUAAACAGAAGCCAAAGCUCUGCCAAGCACAAAUGAAGAGCCUUCAAAGUUUGUAAGAAACAAUAAAGGUGGAAUAUUUAUCAACUGCUGAAUCUGGAACCAUUCAAGACUUGUACAUUAAUUUCUGUUGCCGCUGUAAGUACUAAACUAAUGGCUAUCCAUUUUUUUCUUUUUUGGGUAAAGAAACUAGUGGUUAGCUUUUAUUACCUGGAAAUUUCAUUUACUUCCUGAAUAUUGACAGUUGGGAAGACUGGCAGGUCAUAGAAGUUUUUCAGUGUUUUGCAUUACACGUCAUUCUACUCCCAAUGUAAAAACUCUAUUUUGAAAUAAAGAAACAGAGAGAUGUGGUACUCUGAAACAUUCACCAUAGUUGUAAUCCAUUUAUAUGAAAUUGUUCAAUUUAUAUCCA